AUGAAUAAUUCAAUUAAUAGCAGCCAAACAACAAAUAAUGCUAGCUCUGUUGAAUCAAAGAAUAUACAAUCAAGUGAGCCGAAUGUUACUUGGCAACAUAUUUGGUCUUUGAAUGAAACACGAGAUGCACUCUCUGAUUCAUCAUUUAUCGCUAUUCCUAAUGAAAUUCUUUUGCGUAUAUUUCGAUAUCUAUCCGUUCGAGAUUUAUGCAAUGUUUCAUUGAUCUGUCGAUCAUUUAAAAUGGUCGCCGAUCAUGAUGAUAUAUGGAAAUUAAAAUGUAAUACAUCAACAAAAUUAUAUUCCAAAUCAUUUAAACAAAUUUAUAUGAAAUGGAUUCAUGAAAAAAGUUCACGUAAUAUACACCUACGAGAUAUUUCUGAUUCGUUCAUGCACAGAACUGCAUGUGUUAAAGGUCCACUUCCUUAUUAUCGUCCUCGAUAUUCGAAUAAACAUACAUUUGAAUCAAUAGGUGGAUUCGAAAACCAUCCGAAUGCAUCAGUUCACAACCCAUGGGCCGAAAUUGUAAUGGAUACCCAUGGGCCGAAAUGGGCCGAAUUUAAAACAAAACGAAAAUUAUCAAAACUUCUUUCUCAAAGUAAAACUGAAAUUGUUUUUGUGAAUGAUCAUCGGAUAAAAGCAUAA